CGCAGGCGGGGCCCGGCUGGGGUUGGGGUGCAGGGCCGAGGUGGGAAGGGCGCGGCCCCGCCCGCGUCACAGCGAUCCUUUCUCCGGGCGGAGGCGGCGCGCAGUGAGGCCGGGCUCUCACUCUACCUGCGAUGGGCAGAGAAACGCAGCCCUGUGUGCCUCACGCUGCCUCCUGACCCGCCUGUGUGGUAUGUCCGGUGCUGCUCUGGCCAGGCGGCUCCUGAUCCAGGUCCGGGCAUCCGAGUGAGGAUGCAGCCACAGCAGCUCCAGCCCGAGUGUUCACCCUGGCCCUGGUCCCACAGCCCCAGCAAAGACUGCUGGGAAACCCGCCUCAGGAUUCAGACUGGGAAGGCUCAGCACGCUGUAGGACUGCAAGUCACUGCAGAUGAAGCAGCCGCCAGUCCCCGCACAGACGAGUGGAGCCCGUGCAGCAGGUUUAAAAGUGUUGCACAGACAGCCGUUGGGACAGGACAGCCUCUCACACUGGCCAGGCACCGGAUGGCUCCCACAGGGCUCCCACACCUGCCGGCAUGGACGCUCGCCUCACCCCCUCGGCCGGCUGAGAGCAGGGCCAGCGUCCUGGGUGUGGCGGACCUGUGCCAGCCCGAGUGCUGGGACGUCGGGCGUGGAGGGCAGACAGAUUCCAGUUUGUCUGGCACCGAGAAAAAAUAAACCCCUGCCCGGGGCCCCAUUCGGCGCCGCGGUGGAUGUGAGUAA